CACUUUUUUAAGCGUCGCUUAUCCCGCCGAUGAAAAUCCCAACGAUUUCCAUCCAGAUCAGCCGGACGCCAUUUCGCGAGACGAAACGUUGGCCGCUGCUGUCACUUUGAGAUAAAGGACCCUUCCUUUCCUGUGGAGCGUCUCGAGACGUCCUAUCGCCCGGAUACAAAUAUCCUGUCGGCCUGCGGAAAUAGACACCGGACACCUAUGAGGAUACGUUGAUACGCUCCUGCUGACUAGAUCUCUCCAUAUAAGUGAUUCCGCGAAGUGUACCCGAGAUACGAAGUGUUUCAAUAUUUUAUAAUUGACAAAUCCACUUUUAAAUUCACUAGCGAGAGUCGAAUACGAAUGUCACUUAAUUUACGACCAUACAGGUAUUAUUCAGUGAGAUCUAUAAUUGCGCGGCUCUAGCUUUUCCUCCGUAGUCAUACAAUUCAAAUUUAUUUAACGCCUGUCAUAGUACUGUUUCUUACAGUGAGAUUGGGAAAUGGCACAAAGCAAGAUAAGACGACUGAAGAGUGAGUACGCGUACGAUAGCUACGAACUCUUCUCUUGCCUCGAGAUAUAUUAUUAACGUAUUUGGUCGUACAUUUUUCUUCAAAAUCCAGUAACCUUAGUCGAUGGAAAUAGUUAAUUGCAUGCACAAAUAUAUUAUAAAUUCACUAAUGGUUUAAUCAGAAUGUUACACUUCUCUGAGAUAUAUAUGAAAAACGGUUUAUCGUUUUUUUAAAGAUAAAUAAGAAUUAUCGUACUUACCGCGUCAGUGCACAAGCAUAAGUGUGUUGGUGGCGAUGUAGGUAUAUCAGAACGUAGAUUUCUCGUCGGCGACUCUUUGCAUAUAUUGUACGAAAACAGGAUUUCAGUUUAUACGACAGUAAGCGAGUUCUUCAUUCCGUUUGGAGAGUCGAGGCGUGUCGCUCGGUCUUAUUCUUGCUGGUUAAAAAAUAAAUUGAUAAAAUGUUAAACGAGAGUCUACCGCUUGUUAGAAAAUAUUGGCGCUACAUGGCUGUCAGUAUCAUAUCAUUUGUUAUUGGAAAUAUUAUAAUGCAAAUGUUCAAGAGGAUACAGCGGAUUUAUACAGGGAAUGAUUUGAACGGUGAUACUGGAUCGGGUGAAGUGAAAGAGGAUCAUUACGACUGCGACGUGGACCACGUACCGUACAAGGAUUACGUGAAGUUUCCAACAAGUGACAUGAUAGCAAGGUCACGUGACUUUUACAAAACGAUUAAUUUGAGACGCUCUGUCCGGAAGUUCAGUCCGGAACCUGUGCCAAAGGAAAUAAUAGAAAACAUUAUAAAGGCUGCCGGUACUUCACCAAGCGGUGCUCACACACAGCCAUGGACCUUUGCCGUCGUGUCGAAUCCACGUUUGAAGAUGGAAAUACGUGAAAUCGUAGAAACCGAGGAGGAAAUUAAUUAUAAAAAGAGAAUGGGCAUCAAGUGGGUCAACGACUUGAAGAAGCUAAAGACAAACUGGAUCAAGGAAUAUUUGACUACCGCGCCGUAUCUGAUACUGGUAUUUCAACAAAUGCACAGCUUCACCUCGGACGGAGAUAAAAGAGUUCAUUACUACAAAGAGAUCAGUGUAAACAUGGCGGCUGGAAUACUUAUAACCGCCAUACAGUACGCAGGCCUGGCGACAGUCACGACGACUCCAAUGAAUUGUGGUCCAGCGAUUCGCAAUCUACUUGGCCGUCCUGCAUAUGAAAAACUCAUUUUACUUUUUCCAGUUGGAUAUCCAGCUGCGGACGCAACUGUCCCUGCGCUCUCUCGUAAGCCACUGUCAGACAUAAUGAUCGACUUUUCAUGAAAUUCUCAUAAUCUAACAAUAACAACUACAUCUCGGUUGAUCAAACGUAUACCGCACUACGUGGAAAUAAAAGGUUUCAUAAAAUAUCUCUGUAAUCACGGCGCAACCAUGCUUAUUCGUUAGAAUAGAUGUGAGCGAGGAGGUCUUUAUAAA